GGUUGGGUGUAAACGGGACUGCCCAGUAUGUGCCAAUAGGCCCGCUGCAGUUUCCUCCAUUUUUAUGUUCUUAUGUAUUCCUCCCCCAUACCAUUUCCUCCUACCUGCACCAAAUCCAUCCACGUCACCUGCUUCAAGUAUUAGUGACAACACAGUGGGCUCAGCGGGCGUCUUCUGUCACUGAUACAUGUAAUACUGUGUUUAACAGUACCUUAUGUGAUAGUUUUAUGUAUUUUUAUGAACUUUUUUAUGCCAACUAUGGGUAAAAAUAUUUUAUUUUACAGUUAUAGACCAGUCGGCUCGAGUACUAAAGAAGAACGACCCUUGUCCUCGACCACAUUUAUGAAUUGAAUCCAGUACCCUGCCACUGUGAAGCAUCAGGUCUGGAGCAGCUGCUGAUGGGAGGAUGGGGAGCUUUGUUUCAUGGCUGCUACUAGGACUUCUCACGACCCCUUCCUUCUCCCUCGGCAACACCGCCUUCUUCACCAAGGUUUAUGUGGACGGGGGUGAUGCUCCGUGUGCCACCACGAACACCCUCUACCUGACGAAGGAGUUCACCCAUGCCAGAGAGAUCUACUGUCCCUUCCGCUGUGCUCAAGACCCCUCCUGCACUCUCUGCACCUUCACCGAUGGCCAGUGUAAACUCUAUACACUAAAGCUGACGCCUAAUGUGGCGUGUGCCGUGAGUGGACGAGGGACAGUAGGCUACUCCAGGCUGCCUAAAGAUUUGGCUCUCUACAAACACGUCGAUUACUCUUCUAUGGUCACCGACCACAUCGGCAUCUUCAGUGAAAUCACCAAUGAUGCCACCAGCUGGCAGAGCUUCACAUAUUGCCCGUGCACCACCAACCAGGGAAGCGAAUGGGUAAGGGUGGACUUGGAAAAGACCUACCUCGUCUCUUCCAUACUCCUCACAGCAUCUGCGGAUGUGAGAGAAACAUAUUUCAAAACUGUCAAAAUCCAUGUUGGCAACACCGGCGACGUACACUACGACCCUGUAGUGGCUGUGAAGAGUGCCGCCACCCCAAGCCCCUAUCAGGUGUUGCAGUAUGAUGUGGCAGCCAGGGGUCGCUUUGUGACGCUUCACCAACAAGAGGUGGGUUACUUCUGCUUGUGUAAGGUUCAGGUGUUCUAAUAUGCUCAGCAGGAUGAGCACAAUAGGUGUUGACCCGAAACAUUUUAGGUUAAAAUAUUUUGUCUGCAAAUAUUGUGAUGUAGGGAAUAUCAACUCGUACAGUACAGCUUUCAUUCCACACCUUUCUCUCCUACCCUAACCAAGCUUGAGCACUUGGCCAGGAGGAAGAUCACUAAAAAUAUUAGUUUAUAGUUUUCCCUCUAUUUUUUGUCUCAAAAAAGAAAGAAAAAAAUCUAAUGAACAGCUGAUGAUGACAGUCUCAGUUACACUAAAUAUUUGGAAUAAUCCCCCUCGUGAUUGUGAGGCUUACUAUUUAACCCUUUCACUGAGGGGACGUCACUUUUAAUAUUUAUUAUGCUAACGCCAGACAACUUUAUUCAACAUAGAGAGGACACCAUACACAAGGGAUUAAGAAAAACUUUAUUGUGGAGUAUGAGUUUAACUCAGCCAUUAAUAAUUUAGUUUUAGUUUGUGAUUUAAUGACUCCAAAAGUCUACUUUUAAGUCAGUGAUAACUAGAAAAAAUGCAAUUUUCAGUACAAAUGUUAAUUGUAAUUAAUGCUCUUAUAUACUGAGAUACUUCAGAGAAACAGAGAAGUGUUGUAGUUUUUCUUGGGCUGGCAGUUUAGUACAUGCUUUGCUGAGUUAAAAAUUGGAGUGUGGAGAUAUUAUCAGUGGUGGGUCCGCAGUGAUGGGGACCGUAGUAUUGUACAGUAUAUGCUAAAACAUAUAUCGGAUGUUUUGAAUUGCAUGUCUGUUAAAAAAACACGUGAUUCUUAAGCAGGGUCUCUAAACUGUUUUUUUUGAUGGAUUACUUUACACUCUCAUUUCGAGUUGUAAUGUCAAUAAAGUACAAUAUCACCUCCCUCAUUGGCGAGCCUCUGAGUCUGCUGGCUACUAUAUCAAUAAUAUUUCACGUACUCUGAUAGCUUCCUUGUGCUGUACAGAGUUGUGUUCUUAAAAAUUCAGAUGGCAUGCGGCAGCACCUUCACAUUCCCCCAGUCACUGAAGAUAAGUAAAGGUGACGGAGUAACGAUUUAGCCUAAAUAUGCAAUCCAUUAGACUCGACCUUACACUGUGCUUUGUUUUCUUAGUUGGUUCAUAUAGACUAGUUAUAGAGAAUUCAGUUUGUAUCCUGAAACAAUAAGUACUAUCUGUAAUGCUAACCUAUUGACAACUAACAGUCUUAAACGUUUAUUCACUGCAUGUCCACU